UAAGUUCCGAUUCAUAUCUCUCCUCCACAAAUCGAAAACCCUCGAAACUCAAUAAACCUCAAUAGCCAAACCAAUACACAUUCCUGCAUCCGCUACACACUGCCGGAAGCUCUCCUUCAACCGCUCGUGGCCGCCGUCUCUCUCGUUUCCUGGUCUUCUCUUAGCAAUGGCUGACCAUGGCACUGUGGUGACUCAAUCAUCUGCUGUGAUGGACUAUGUAUCUGCUGAUCAUAGUAAUGCAGGUUCAAAUGCGUCUGAUUUGGAGAACACUGGCAAUCCUGUGGUUCCUGAGACCUCUAUAUCUACUGAACAUUUAGGGACUCAUACUGGUAUUGGAGAUCCUGUUACAUCCUCCUCCGUUAUGGACUCAACUCGCAGUUCUACUGUUGGUGCAGAUAGCAUUACAGAUUUGACUCAGCAGGAUACCCCUACGGUUGUGACCUAUGAUACCAAUGAAAAUGUUGGUGGACAUUUAGAUGCAUCUCAAGUUGCAUCAUAUGCCACUUCUAUAAACGGCACUAAUAAUGAAGCAACCGAUGUUGCAUCCACUGGUAUUACAGAAAAUGGAAUUCCAUCAGACAAUAUUCAUGAUGCUGCCGCAAUGCACCAGCCAGUGGAUGGAUCUGCUUUAUCUGCUGAAGAAGAACGACUAUGGAGCAUAGUGAGAGCAAAUUCUCUAGACUUUGGUGCAUGGACUGCUCUUAUAGAGGAAACUGAGAAAAUGUCAGAGGGAGACAUUAUGAAGAUUCGAAAAGUUUAUGAUGCAUUUUUGGCAGAAUUUCCUCUUUGUUAUGGUUACUGGAAGAAGUAUGCAGAUCAUGAGGCACGUAUUGGUUCUAUGGAUAAAGUUGUUGAGGUCUAUGAAAGAGCAGUUCAAGGAGUGACAUAUUCUGUAGAUAUGUGGUUGCACUAUUGUGUAUUUGCCAUAAACACAUACGGAGAUCCAGAAACUAUUAGAAGGUUAUUUGAAAGAGCAUUAGCUUAUGUUGGAACAGACUACCUAUCAUUUCCUCUGUGGGAUAAAUACCUUGAAUACGAGUACACACAACAAGCAUGGUCUCAUGUUGCUGCAAUCUACACACGGGUUUUAGAGAUUCCGAAUCAACAAUUGGAUCGCUACUUUGAAGGUUUUAAGGAGCUAGUUGCAAGUAGGCCACUAUCAGAAUUGCGUACUGCUGAAGAAGCUGCAGCAGCAGCAGCUGCUGAUUCUGAAGCCAGUGGUGAGCAAGUUGAAGGAGAGGUUCAUCCUAAUAGCGAGUCUUCUAAACCUGUAAGUGCAAGCUUAAAAGAUGCUGAGGAGUUGGAGAAGUAUAUCGCCGUUAGAGAAGAGAUCUAUAAGAAAGCUAAAGAGUUCGAUUCUAAGAUCAUUGGUUUUGAAACAGCUAUCAGGAGGCCCUACUUCCAUGUACGCCCCCUUAACUCAGCAGAGCUUGAAAAUUGGCAUAAUUUUCUAGACUUCAUAGAGGGAGGCGAUGACUUUAAUAAGGUUGUCAAGCUGUACGAGCGAUGCCUGAUUGCUUGUGCCAACUAUCCUGAAUAUUGGAUAAGAUAUGUUUUGUGCAUGGAAGCUAGUCAGAGUAUGGAUCUUGCCGAUAAUGCCCUUGCUCGUGCUACUCAAGUUUUUGUGAAGAGACAACCUGAGAUCCACCUUUUUGCUGCUCGAUUUCGGGAGCAGCAUGGUGAUAUUCCUGGAGCUCGAGCUGCUUAUCACCUGGUGCACACUGAAAUUUCACCUGGGCUUUUGGAAGCGACCAUUAAACAUGCCAACAUGGAACAUCGACUUGGAAAUCUUGACGAUGCCUGUUCUUUAUAUGAACAAGCUAUUGCAAUCGAAAAAGGAAAAGAACAUUCACAAACAUUACCUCUGUUGUAUGCCCAGUACUCUCGGUUUCUAUACUUGGUUUCUGGCAAAGUAGAGAAAGCUAGAGAAAUCCUUGAUCAAGUGGUUGAAAAUGCACAAUUGUCUAAACCACUACUUGAGGCAAUCAUCCAUUUAGAAUCAAUUCAACCACAGCCAAAGAGAAUUGAUUAUUUAGAUUCAUUAGUUGAUAAGUUUAUAGUUCCUACAAUUGAUACUUCUACUGUUGCAAGCAUUGAUGAAAGGGAGGAAUUAUCAAGCAUCUUUUUGGAGUUUUUGGAUCUUUUUGGGGAUGCGCAAUCAAUUAAGAAAGCUGAUGAUAGGCAUGCCAAGCUCUUCUUACGAAACAGAACCUCUUCAGAGUCUAAGAAGCGACAUGCUGAAGAUUAUCUAGUUUCAGACAAGACAAAGUUGUCAAAAGGUGUUGCUCCUGCAGCUGCUGCAUCAGUAAUGGGCUCAUAUCCUGGUGGGCAGAACCAGUGGCCUGGGGGUUAUAGCUCACAGCCUCAAACAUGGCCACAAACAACUCAAACUCAAGCUCAGCAGUGGAAUCCUGCCUAUACCCAACAGGCUGCAUAUGGUGCUUAUUAUGGAAGCGGUUAUACACAUCCACAAGCACCUACAUCUGUACCCCCAGCUGCACCUUAUGGUGCUUAUCCUUCAACAUAUCCAGCACAGAGUUAUGCACAGCCAGCUGUUGCUGCAACUUUGACUCCUGCACAGCCAGCUCCAGCAGCAGUUCCUCCUACGGGCUAUUAUGGUGGUGGUAGUUACUAUUGAGUAGACGACUCAAAUUUAGCUGAUUGAGUCAAUUUUGUUGGCCUAGAAGAAACUGAGCCCAUGAGUUUUUUGGCGUGGAUCUAGUGGAGUUGACAAGAUUUCAGGACAUGAAACUAUGAGGCACACUAGUAGUCUGUUUAGAUGAAUGUGGUGGCUUGUGAAGUUGUAUUCUAGUUAUUGCUCUAUUUUAUUUUUAGAUGUUGCGUAACAUUUUCUUGCAGUAGGUUGGACAAGAAACUACUUAGGAUGAAACAUAUUGCAAGACAUACAAUGAUUCUGUGUUUGCUCAGACCCCCUUGUAUCACUGACCCAUGCUUCCCCAUUCAGUGAAUGGUGUAUAAGAAAAUCCUUAGGUUAUUCUGAAUUGGAUUUUCUUCCUGUGUUAUACAGUUCAUCUUUAUUUAUAAUGAUUAGUUCUGCUUCUGUGAA